UCAAUGCGAAACCCCAGCAUAGCUAAUAACAAACCUCAUUAUUUGGGCGGUGAAACUGGAUGGUGACAAAUUUGGGAUUUAUCACUCACUGAAUUUCUGAAAUUGAGCCUAUUAUCCCCCCCAGUCAAUUCGAAAGAUUUGCCAAAGAAACUCGAUCAAAAAGCUGUUAAUUUUCCGACAAUGGAGGACGAUGCCUCCGUCGCGUUCCGGCGGACGUCAACAAGAUCUCGUAAGGUCGCCACUAAAAUGGUGGCCGCUCUUGCUAGCUCCGACAAUCGAACUCAGGCGGCAUUAGCUAGGCUUGAAGCUCUGGAAAACGAUAAUGGCGGAGUAGAAACAGUCGAAAUCAACGACGAUGAUGAAGCUUCGCUUGAUGAUGAUGAAGAAGCAUACAUACAGAAGAAACAGUCGUUGAGUAUGAAGCGGAAAACUCGUCAAGGGAAAGCACGAGAAAAUGCGAGGAAAACUCCCAGAACAUUUCUGGAGCUAGUUCAUGAGGCGAAUUUGGAGGCAUUUCCCCCUCACGUACCAAAUUAUUUGAGGGCAGCUGUUGGACCUCCAAGUGUAACCUCACGCCGUCAUUUCUGCACGGUUUGUGGAUUUACUGCCAAUUAUACGUGUGUUAGGUGUGGCGUGCGGUUUUGCUGUAUCCGGUGCCAGAAAAUACACAAUGAUACUCGUUGUUUGAAGUUUGUUGCUUGAUUAACUAUGAGGCAUGCUGUGCAUAAAUUUGUAAGUCUUGAUGUUAACUUGUAUUUUAGCAUCGUUAGAAAUGAAGUAUCUUGUUCCUGAGA